AUGACUUAUGUGGUGGUGAACAGGAGUAAAGCAAUGGAGUGGACAAAGUGUCUUAAUCUGAGAAACUUGGUUCUGAUGGCACUUGUGGUGGCGUUAGCUGUUGAACACGCUAGCUGCGAGAGUGGUCAAUCAAGCAGCAGCAGACUAGUUGGUGAUAGUGGCUUCGUUCAGCGAAAUGGAACUCAUUUUGUGUUGAAUGGGAAACCACUCUACUUGAACGGAUUCAACUCCUACUGGUUAAUGUACAUGGCAUCCGAUCCAUCCACAAGCUCCAAGGUCCCUACGACCCUCCAACAAGCUUCUCAACACGGUUUAAACGUCGCAAGAACCUGGGCUUUCAGCGACGGGGGUUACAGGUCGCUCCAGGUUUCUCCAGGCUCCUAUGACGAGAACGUGUUCAGGGGACUGGAUUUCGUGGUGUCGGAAGCUGGAAAAUAUGGGGUGCGACUGAUACUGACCUUAGUGAACAACUGGAGCGAUUUUGGAGGCAAAUCUCAGUAUAUCCAAUGGGCGAGGGAGCGUGGCCAGAACAUCAACAACGACGACGACUUCUUCACACACCCUGUCAUCAAGCAGUACUACAAGAACCAUAUUCAGGCUGUGCUGACGAGAAAUAACACGAUAACUGGAGUGGCAUAUAAGGAUGAUCCCGCCAUAUUCGCGUGGGAACUUAUGAACGAACCUCGUUCUCAGUACGAUAACUCUGGGAAAACAAUUCAGGAUUGGGUGAGUGAGAUGGCAGCCUACGUUAAGUCCGUCGAUGGGAAUCAUUUACUGGACGUGGGGCUUGAAGGGUUUUACGGAGAAACAAUGCCGGAAAGGAAGCAGAUUAAUCCCGGAUACGGAGUUGGAACUGAUUUUAUCUCCAACAACCAAGUCCCUGAAAUCGAUUUUACCACCAUUCAUCUCUAUCCAGAUCAAUGGGUGGGAGGCUCGGACGACGCGGCCCAAUCUGAAUUCGUUGACAAAUGGGUCGAAGCUCACAUAGAAGACUCUGAUAAAGUAAUAGGGAAGCCCAUUCUUCUGAGCGAGUUUGGCACAUCUUCAAGGUCAUCGGGCUAUAGCGUGGAUAAGAGGAACAGCUACUUCGAGAAGUUGUACGGUCUAAUAUACAAAAGCGCGAGUAGUGGGGGGUCAUGUGGAGGUGGGCUUUUCUGGCAGGUUAUGGCCCAAGGAAUGGAUGGCUUCCGAGACGGCUAUGAAGUUGUCUUCGAGGAGCGACCUUCAACCAUCAGCGUCAUUGAACAACAAUCUCACAAGAUGUCGUCUCUUGCCUAG